UGUUAGUAUAAAUUGCCUUAAGUAUGCAAAGUGUUUGCAAUUGGCCUAUGCUAUUUUUGCAGAGGAUAUUUAAUGCAGUGUUUCUGUCCUAAUUUCUCUUGUUCAGCAAUGAAGUAAUAAAUGCCCAGUUGUUUUGUCAUUAUGAUCUCGUUUGCUAGGAAACCGGAGUUUAUUUUGUGAUGUCACAUCCAUGCAUGAUAGUCUCAUUGUGAUGUUCUAGAACUCCUUAUUGAAGCUCCCACAAGGUAGCAUCAUUUUAAUAGGCCUACUGCUGCCUUAUCAGCAUGGUUUGACUAUUAGCAUAAAUGGCUACAGCUGAAAAAAGUUGUCAAAGUGAGAAGAGAAAAUUGGACAUGGACCUUCCUGCUGCACAGACUCAACAUAUUUCAGCUGAAAAUGAAAUGGCUCACUCUGCAAUCUCAAUUUCAUCCACUCCAUUGCAUGAUAAAAUAGCAGCUGGUGACUCUGCCUUACGAUCCAUGAUAGAAGAAAAUGCUUUUCAAGUUUUAAAUGAUGGACCCUGGGUAAAAAGACCACGGCUUACUCUCAGUGAAGACAAUUCUGUUGAAGACAAUGAUUUUCUAUCCCUCACCUUCCCAAAGAAACUCUGGAAAAUUGUUGAAAGUGAUCAGUUUAAAUCACUGUGGUGGGACGAUGAUGGUAAUUGUGUAGUGAUUGAUGAAGAGCUUUUCAAAAAGGAGGUCUUAGAAAGGAAAGGACCACUACGUAUCUUUGAAACUGACUGCAUGAAAAGUUUCAUUCGUCAGCUAAAUCUCUAUGGCUUUAGUAAAAUGAGACAGAGUUUUCAAAGAUCUGCCUCUCUCGUUGAAUUUCUGGCAGAAGAAAAAGCAGCUUAUGCAUUUAGCAAGCUACAGUUCUAUCAUAACCCAAAUUUUAAGAGGGGUUGUCCCCACCUACUUGCAAGAUGUAAGAGAAGAGUUGGGAUAAAAAAUACCCCACCGGUUGCUUUCUCAUUAGAACAGGACUACAGUGAAAGCUGCUUGAAGAGCAGGUCAAGAAGCCCAGAUGCUCAAACUACACUGGGAAAUGCAUCUAGGGAGAACAGCUUCCUUGCAUCUUCUCCAAAGGAUACAAUGCACAAACCUGGACUCCGAAAACCUACCAUGAACAAGGGACUUGCUGGCAUAGCCGCCCGGAUGAGAAGUGGAUAUACUCCUUCCUCGCCAGCCCCCUUGAGGCCUUCUGAACAGGCUGCAUCUGAGGACAAUGAUAACAAAAUAAACCAGCUAGCUCCCUUCCAUCUACCUCAGCAUACAAACCAUGCUCGAGUCAACACGCACGAAAUAGACUCCACCACAACCACAUCUGCUACUUCUUUGUAUCAUGUCAUACCUCCUGUACCCAACAGCCCCUUUGCACCAAUGAUGGGGCUGCCAGCCUUCCCAACCAUGUAUCCAGAUUUAUCAGCCAUGCAAGCUCAUUGGGCCAGUUUGCUUCCAUUUUGUAACCCAUGGUUCUCUAUGCCUAUGAUAGCGGCUGCUUCUGCCAUUUCCAUGUCACGAUCUUCCCAUCAUCACCGAACUCCUGCAUACCACCAUUGCCCUAAUUGCAACUGUACUUCAAAUACUGCAUCUACUUCCAAAGGAGUUGGACCCAAAGUGACAGAUUACACUGGCUACCAUCGAUAAAGAAAGCAGUAGACUUCAAAAAUCCCACCUUCCAGAAGGAGAAAUAGAGAAAACCACAAUGACUGAAGAAUAAACUUCUUUCUUCAUAUCUUGUUUAUCUAGGUUAAUUUUUGUAUUUCUUUUAUCAUGGAUAGAUAGAAGUAACUCACUUUCUUCAAUAGUACAGGCAUGAGAAAUACAGAUUAAGAGUAGGAAAAAAAUGUAGGAUAUAGUUUUAUUUGGGA